AAGCCGAGGCAUGACGCUCGCGUCAACGGCGCCAUGGCGGUUUCUCGUUCGCCGCUGAAUUCCUGCUGGCGGAAGCGGAAGCCAGGUGGCGGCGACGGCGGUAGCAGCAGCAGCAGCCGUCGCGAGGAUGCGGAUGGGGAACGUGAGGUGUGAGCGGCCGCGGAGAAGACCCGUUGGGUGUUUCGGCGGAGCCAGGCAGGUCGAUCGAUCCUAGGAGGUAGAGAGCGAUGCGCUUGAAGGGUUUGGUGGUGCUGGCAGUUCUCGGGGAAGCUGAGGACGAGAGCCGUGGGAGUAGCUGACACCUCAGUGAAGCCGGUAGGGACUCCCACGAAGGCGCGUGUUGCUUUCUCAAAGCCUGAGCAGGAAAGAGGAGGCACCCGCGUUUGUGGAAGAGGGCAACGUGGCUGUCACCUGGGCAGCCUUUACACGAAAACAAGCCUCUACGGUGUGGACAGAUGUGCUGGGAGUAGCUCUUGGGAGACGUGCAUGAUGAUUUGAAGCACCAUGCUGAUCGCUGCCUACAUCGCUUUCGCUUUCCUGUUGGUAAUAUGCAUCAGCCUGGAGUUCUCUGCCUGCCGCUCCAAGUUCACUGGCAGGUCUUGCUCCAACCCAGUCUUCUUGCAGUUCCAACUAAACUAUUACCAGGUCUACUUUUUGGCUCUUGCAGCUGAUUGGUUGCAAGGACCUUAUCUUUACAAACUGUAUCAGCACUACCAUUUCUUGGAGGCCCAAAUUGCCAUCAUCUAUGUCUGUGGCUUUGCUUCUAGUGUGCUGUUUGGGCUGGUCUCCACUUCUUUGGUGGACCGCUUGGGCCGAAAGAAAUCUUGCAUCCUCUUUUCGUUGACGUACUCCGUCUGCUGCCUCACAAAGCUCUCCUGGGAUUAUUUCGUUCUUAUUGUUGGAAGGAUAUUAGGGGGGCUCUCCACUGCCUUGCUGUUUUCUGCUUUUGAGGCCUGGUAUGUGCAUGAACAUGUGGAGCGCCAUGACUUCCCAGCUGAGUGGAUUCCUGUUACUUUUUCCAAGGCAGCCUUUUGGAACAGCAUCAUUGCUAUCGGAGCUGGAGUGGUAGCCAACAUCUUUGCUGAAUGGCUGGGCUUGGGACCCGUGGCCCCGUUCAUGGUCUCCAUUCCCCUUCUUAUGCUGGCUGGUGUCUUGGCAAUGAAGAACUGGGAUGAGAAUUAUGGCAAGAAAAGGGCACUGUCUAGGAAUUGCAUGGAUGGCUUGAAGUGCCUUCUCUCUGACCGCCGGGUCCUGCUUCUGGGUACCAUCCAGGCCUUGUUUGAAAGUGUCAUCUACAUUUUCAUCUUCCUCUGGACUCCUGUCCUGGAUCCACACAAUCCGCCCUUGGGCAUUGUCUUCUCUAGUUUCAUGGCGGCCAGCAUGGUGGGUUCAUCGCUGUAUCGCAUUGCAACCUCCAAGAAGUAUCACCUCCAGCCCAUGCACAUCCUUUCCCUCUCAGUCCUGAUGGUCUUCUUCUCUCUCUUCAUGCUGACUUUCUCUACCAAUCCUGGACAGGAGAACCCUUCAGAAUCCUUCUUGGCCUUCCUGCUCAUUGAAUUGUCCUGUGGGCUCUACUUCCCUUCGAUGGGUUUCCUCCGGCAGAAGGUGAUCCCUGAGAAAGACCAGGCAGGCGUGAUGCACUGGUUCCGUGUCCCGCUCAACCUGUUGGCUUGCCUUGGCUUACUCAUCCUCCAUGACAGUGACUACAAGACGGGAACCAGGAAUAUGUUCACGAUCUGCUCCGUUAUGAUGGUGAUGGCCCUCCUGGCAGUUGUCAGCCUUUUCACUGUGGUCCGUAACAAUGCAGAGCUCAGGUUGCCCAGCCCUGCGGGUCAGACAGAGGGCCCUUCACCAGAGCUCUGAUCUUAGAGUUCUUUAAAGCCAUUUGUUGGGCAUAAUGCUUUGGAACAAGCUGGUUGUCAUAGCACAUCAUAAUGUUGGCACUGUAUAUAGGCAAGGACUCUGCAGAGUCCUGUAUGUGACUCUGUUGCACAUGGGACCUUUCCAGCAAAGAUGGCUCAGAUCAGACAGCUUGACUGAAUUUGUGGCAAGCAUAGCUUUCUUUUCAGCACCUUGAAGUUCUUGAGUUUCAUGGCAUCUUGACUUCUGCAAGCAAAAUGUGCGGGGCUGCUUUCUGUCACUCUAUCCUGGAUAGAUGGUGGCAGGUAAUGGGUCAGCAAGGAUGUGAACCUCUUUUUAGAACAUGAGCAGUGAAGUUGAUUGACAGGCCUCUUAUCAGGACUGAAUGUAAUCAGUGUCAACCAAAUUCUUUGUUGUCAAUCCUCCUGUUCUUUUAAAAUAAAAACCGAUAUAUAUGUAAAGCUUA